AUGAGACAACUCAAGCAUCACGAACAGAAACUCCUCAAGAAGGUCGACUUUUUGCAAUGGAAGAAAGACGAUUCUAUUAGAGAGAUCAAAGUGAUUCGCAAAUAUCACCUUCAGAAGAGAGAAGAUUACCAAAAAUACAACAAAUUGGCAGGUAGCAUCAAAAAGCUCGCAAACAAGAUCUCUCUUCUUGACUCUCGGGAUCCUUUCCGUGCCGAACAAGAAAAGGCUCUGUUGAACAAGCUGUACACCAUGGGUAUUAUAACCUCUGUCAGUAAGUUCAGUGACUGCAAUAAGGUCACUGUAUCUGCUUUCUGUCGACGAAGACUUCCUAUUGUCAUGUGCCGUCUCAAGAUGGCAGAAACUGUCAAGGAAGCUAUUACUUUUAUUGAACAGGGUCAUGUACGUGUUGGACCUCAGCCCAUCACUGAUCCUGCAUUUUUGGUAACUCGCACAAUGGAGGACUUUGUUACCUGGGUUGAUACUUCCAAGAUCAAGCGCAAGAUUCUUAAAUACAACGACAAGUUGGAUGAUUUUGAUCUUUUGUAAAAGAAAAAGAAAAACACAUACACAUACACAUACACACACCUUCCAAGUUUUCUAUUCUAUUUCUUUUAUAUAUAUAUAUAUAUAUAUAUGUAUGUAUGUAUAUAUAUAUGUAUGUAUAUUCAUAUCUAUUUGUGCAUUUCAUAUUAUUAUCAUUUAAUAUUCUUUAUUGAUGUUCCUUUGUGUAAGAAAAAAUGAGAUCAAUAUUUUAUAU